CUGGCGGGGCGUUGGAUCUCGGGAGGCGCGGAACAGCCCCUUGGUAGAAAUCCCCGACUCGCCACUGUGGAGUAACGCAGGAGUUUCGGUCCCCUCACUUGCAGGGAGGCGGCUGCGCCAGUCUUCAGACAAGCCAGGUGGUGGGCGGGGGGAACCAGGCGCUGAGGCAAAGCGCUCGCUCGCUCUUGCCUCUCCCUCCUCUUUUUUUUUUUUACGCGCUCUUACGCCCGCCUCUCCCAAGGCUCUGGGCCAGUCUGCUUCGGGCAGGUAGGCUGCGAGCGCCGGAGGUGCGCGCCUGUAACGUUGGGAGUGCUGGUCUCCCGUAUCAUCGCCCACCCGCCCACUCCUUCCAGUAGGACUCCACCCGGCGCGCCUCCGACCUUUCCAGGAAAGGGCCAAAAGUGCGCGCUUGGCGCUUUCACGCCCCUUCCCCGCCUGGUUGGGGUUUUUUUUUUCCCCCCCUCCUUGCACGCCCACCUCUCCUGUCCGGCUGCGGGCAGCGGUAGGACGCGGCGCGCGCUUGGGGAGGUCUUUGCGUCGGCCUCAGCUGUGGAGAAUGAAUUAAGGCGGCUUUCCGGGAACGGCGGCGGCGGCGGGGCGCGUCUCCGGUUACGGUGCGUCUUUCUGAUUGAAUGAAAGGGAUGGCCUUCCCUGUGGAUCUCCUGGAUAAUUACAGUCAUGAAGAUCUUGAGAGUUCUGGAGAGGAUUAUCUAUCUGAACUUAGAUGUGGAGAUCCAGAAAAUCCGGAAUAUCUCUCUCUUGUUGAUAAUAUCAAGGUUCCAAUUUGUUUGUCAACUGUAGGCUUCAUCCCCCUUUAUGGCGGAGAAGAAAGACACAAAGUCCUUGCUUUAUUUGCACCGGAGGAUUCGCUUGCAGCUGUUGCCUUGUUUCUGGCUGAUCAGUGGUGGACUAUCGAUGAUAUUUUGAGAACAUCAUCUCCUUCUAGAGAAGGACUUCUACGGGCAAAAACAAUUGGGGAAAGAGUGGUUCUUUAUGUGCUCAACAGAAUAAUUUAUCGUAAACAAGAAAUUGAGAAAAAUGAGGUCCCGUUCCUUUGCCAUGGUAGCCACGAUUAUGCAAAAAUUCUGUGGAAGAAAGGAAUGGCUAUUGGUUUUUAUUCUAUAAAACUGCCAGGGAGCAUUUGUAGUGCUUUUCUUACUCAGAGCUAUCAGCUUCCUGUUCUGGACACAAUGUUUGUGAGGAAGAAACAUCAGAACAAAGACUUUGGCCUUCUGAUGCUGGAAGAUUUUGUGGAUUCUUUCACAGAAGAUGCUCUUGGUUUACGUUUUCCUCUGACAUCUUUCAUGCGUACUGCUUGCCAGAAGUACUUUGAAAGAUAUCCAGGGGAUCGUGACCUUCUGUGGGAAGUUGAAGGCAUAGGCCACUGGCACCAGCGAACACCUAUAGCUACUGUUUUGCAGAGAGAAAGUUUAAAACUCAAAGAAGCCUUGCAAAUAGAAGCUAACACUUCCCAGAAUGAGGAACGGUUUCUGCACUCUUCCACGGAUAACAGCCCAUCGCACGAACUGGCAAUUGACCCCUGUGAAACACACUUAAGUGUUGAUGUCCAUACAAAUAAAGAUGGCUUCGAUGUAUACGAAGGUACCUCUGAAGAACUUACUGCUUUACCAAUUCCUACUCGAUCACGAAGCAAUCAUCUGAAACGUCCAAAGUUGGGGAAAAGAAUUCAAGAACCUGGAGUUUCUGAAACUGAAGAUGUAAAUACUUCUCAAACAUCGGGAAACAGAUUGGAUCCGAUUACUCAGAUAUCUGAACAUUCAGAAGAAUUGAUAGCUGAGAUGGAAGAAAAAGUAAUGGACAGCGAGCAAGAAAAGUUAAUGGAGAAUUCAAAACAAUCAGUCCAAGAAACACUCCAGGAGUGUAUUCCAUCAGAGAAGCAAGAUGAUAGAGAGGAAACCGAUAUAGAACCCAUUAAUGGAGAGAUAAUGGAAAAUGCUAUCAAGGUAUCAAUAGUGACUGAAGGAUCAACAACAAAUGAAGUUCUGGAUGGCGAGUCAAAGUUACAAUCUGACAGUUCAGAAGAAGCAACUUUAACUUUACUUGUCCCAUUAAUCCUUGAUUCUUCAGGAAAAUCCACUGAGGACAGUGAUGACAAUAUUUCAGAUAAGGUUGAGAAUUUGGCAGAAUCUGAGCUGCCAGCAGAAGAGGAGCAGGUUACACCAAGGAAAAGAGGAAAUGCCGAUCCUGUUUCAGCAGCAGAAAAAGAAUCUUCUAAUAAUGGUCUUUCAAACUCAGUAGCAGGUGAAGCUCCAGAAGAGGCCAUUUCUGAAAAUGUCUCUCCCAACACAACCUCUUCCUUGGAAGAGCAAAGCGAAGAGGGCGGAUCUGACUCCCCAGAAGCCCCCAUUGCUCUGGGUCAGGGGGCUCUGAUGAUGGUUGAAUUGGAGGACAUCUCUUACCACCAACAUUCUGAGGGACAAAAGAACCAAAUGGAUGAACAGUCUGAAGAGUCAGCUGAGCCAGUGUCUGAGAGAGCUGCUGACAGCAGUUCAGAAGAAGCAGAAAUUGAGGUGCCCGUAGUAGACAGGCGGACCUUACGAAGAAAGGCUAAAGGAUACAAAGGCCCACCUAAGAAAAAAGGAAAACUAAUUUGAACAGAAUUGUGGUCAACCUAAGUGGGAAUGAUUGCCAUUUUCAUUGUGUUCGUUUCUUCACAGAAAAAGCUGUAAAAUUACAUACCACUUUAGGAUACACAUGUAUUUAAAUACUGGAAUCAUUCCCAGUUUUUUAUAGUCUGUUACUUAUUUUGUUGUUUAACUACUACAUAAAAGGAACUGAAUUGAUAUGGAAGUAAAUGUCUACUUUUGCUAAACAAUAAUCAUAAGACACCAGAAGUUAAAGUGGGGACAGUAACUAUAAACCAAUUAUUUUGGAGAUGUUGAAAGUCCUAACAGAUGCCACCUUAACAAUUGCAUUGUUAAGCUGCCUCAAGUGGUUAUUUGUAAUCCCUCGUGUACAGUAACACAUAAUUUGUGAAGUGUUAGGCAUUUUCUUCAUCCCUAAAUGGUUACGGUAAUUGCACACCUAGAUGCUUUUUCAAGUUUAUCAGGGAUAGGUAUAUAUAAUUAUAGUUUUUUUUCCCCAAACCCUUUUACUGUUUUUUUGUAGUAAAUUUACAAGCCUGUUUUAACAGAAAUAUAAAAUACUUGAUAUUAUUUGUGCUUAGUUUAAAAUACCCUUCAACUUUUCUAUGGAUACUAUAUACCCACGUUAAAGAUUAUACAAUCCUAACUAAACCUGAAUCUUCAAUCAGUGUUGAAGUACUCCCAAUUAUUUUGCCAGUGAAUAAAGCUCCUAAUGCAUAGUAAAGUGUACUUCUUCAAAGUAAUUGUAGAUUAGACUGUCAUAAGAAUUUACAGGUAUCAUUUUCAAAGUAUUUGCAGUUGGACAGAUUCAGUUUUUGGCUUGAAGCAUAUUCAGUUUUCAGUUUGAGUAUAUGCUAGUAAAAAUAUUAAUUUGAAAAUACGUGAAAGUGUUCAUUUUACUCUUUUCAGUAUUGGUCGGCUCCUAGCUGUACAAGCUCUCAGGCUUCUCAAUAAUAGCUCAGUUGAUUGAUUUUUUUAAAAAUAACUCCUCUUGACAUAGAGAUGCUGGGUUUUGGUUUUUGUUUUAAAGUGUGUCAUGAGAGGUUUUGGCUUUGAGGUUUAUGGAGUUGCCAAGUUGUUUGGAUUUUCAGCACGAUACACAUU